AUGGGUGUAUGGCAUCACAGGUGGCUAAAACAGGUGAUAGUGACAGGUGACAUGAGCCCCUCUGUAGUUUUUGCAGCGAUAGCUGGUGGCAAGUCGCGCAAGAUUAAGCGCGGACUAGUCGUUCAAGUGCAAGUGAAGAAUGGCACAGUCUACGACGGCAUCUUCAAGACGUUUUCAAACAAGUUUGAGAUUGUUCUGGAGCUGGCGCACAAGGUGGAGGAGUCUGGGAAGGUGCCGACGCGCGAUUGCAUCACCGAGAAGCUGGUGAUUAUCGUCUCCGACAUCGUCAUGAUCACCGCCUCCAACGUAGAUCUCGACUACGCAACGAAAGGAAAUGCACUGGUUAAGGUUCAACUGGAGAAGAAGGACACUAAGGAGUACCUGCAGCGGGAGGCCGAGGCGCAGCGCAUUGCCGCCGAGAUCGAGAGCAGUCCGAUGUACAAGCAUCACGUGUCGCUCGAGAUCUCCGACGGCGGAGACGAGGAGACGCGCUUCAGCGCGGUCGCGCGGCCCCCGCACGACAACCGCCUCCGAUCCGCCACCGCCGCCGAUCACAAGGAUGGCAAGUACCCGCUGCCCGUCGUGCGGCAGCGGCAGGCGGGCCGGCCGACAAACCUGCGCACGACGCCACCGCCGUCGGCUGUGUCCCCCGCGAGGCAGCACCCGCCGCACCUAGCCACACACGCUGCCUCCCCAGUGCCGAUGGAGGAUGCUGAGGCUAAGAUCAAUCAAGAGAAAAUGGAGAAGGACGAGAAGGGGCGGCCAGGCUCGCGGGAUCGAGUCGAGAAGCCCCCCACACAGCCUCCUCCGCAGCAGCAGAUGCCUCCCCAGCAACCUCAGCAGCAGCAGCAGCAGCAACCUCUGCCACAGAGGGAGCCACGUGUCACACGAGACGAGAGGAAUGAAGAAAAGCAGGCACAGCAGGAUGCAUCCGCUAAGGCCAAUUCAACACCACAAGCGCCCAAGAGUCCAGAUGCCAAUAAACAGGGCAAAGGACGAGAUGAGCAAAUAGCAGAAUUAAAAAGGUUUAGCACGGAAUUCAAGUUGUCGGAGGAGGGCAAGGAGAAGGCAGCGGAGGCGGCGGCGGCCGAAGAAAGGUCCCAAGAUACCACUCCUAAAGGCACAGAAACGUUAAAGAAGUCCGUGUUGAACCCAAAUGCGAAAGAGUUUACUCUAAAUCCGAAUGCGAAGGAGUUUGUCUUUGCACCCAAGCAGCCUCCGCCACCGAUCCCGACUCCUCCGCUGCGGCCGCAGGCGCAGAGUCCUGUGAUUGCGUCGCCGCAUGCGAACAUGUACGUUCAGGGGCCGGGCCAGGCCGGCCACAUGGUUCAGCCAUACAUCCUAGCGCCGAACGCGAUGCAUCAGGCGAAUAUCGCCAACCAGCAGUAUCUCAGCAACUCGGCGCCGAGGAUGCGCAAGUCCAUGCCUAACCAGGGUUACCGGACGGACCACACACCACCGUCAGCGCAGGCAGCCGCUGGCGCCCCCAUACUUGCCCCGGCGACAUUCACGGCCAACCCUGCGCAGUUUCAGCAGCAGCCUCAGGGUAUGGGCGCCAUCCCGGGGCAUGGGGUGCCGCAGCAAUACCACCUGCAAUAUCCCGGAGCUGCCGCCAUGUACUCGCACAUGCGGAUGAUGGGGCCUGGUCACCAGAUGAUGGUGCCUACGUCUCAGCAGGGCAAUGCACCUGACAUGCCACAGAUGGCCCAUCCACUUUACAUGCCGGCGGGUGUGCCAACGCAUAUGCAUCCCAAUCAGAUGGGCCCAUCGCAACCCCUGCCGUCUGUAUCCAUUACGCAGGGCCAGACGAACCCUAGUCCCAUUCAAUCGCAGGCUCCUAACCAACAGGCUCAACAGUAUGGCAACGCGCAGCAGCCGCAGAUGAUGUAUCCCGGUCAGAUGGGCCAGCCGCCGCUGCAACCUAGUCCGCAUCCACCGACGUCACCGCAGCCGAUGCACGGCAACGGCAUGUCGGGAUCGUACACGGCGUCGCAGGGGCAGCAGCUGAACGCGCCGCCGAACCAGACCGGCGGGCAGGGGACGCAGCACCAGGGCGGCUACGCGCCCAUCAUCAUGGUGCCGCAGGGACCCAUGCCGCAGAUGCAGGGCCAGCCGCACUUCCAGAUCCCUGCUCACCCGCACCUGAUCCAGCCGCAUUCUGGCGUGGCAGCGAUAACCGUCUCGACGCCCACCUACGCAAACCCGCAGAUGACCCCGUAUUACUACCCACACCCCAACUCGGGACAGGCGCCCCCGAUACAAGCCUACCAACACCAGCAGACGCAGUGACUCACUCGGUAGCGAAUUUGACGAUAAGCUGCGUUGGAUGAUAAAGUUGAUGUGAGCUGGACAGAACAGACGCAGGCUGGUGGCGCCUCCUUCAGCCAUUCGCGGAGACACGCAGAACGCGUCCACGAUUGCGAGUGACGUCUGUCGCUGUUUGCAGCACCACUUAUCGAGAGACUUCUGUCGGCAAAACAAGAAGUGUCCCACAUCGCUGCCCCAGUGCAAGAGCCAGAGUAAUAGAGUAAUAUAAUAUAAUAAAAAAGUUGUCUAGAUUAAACGGAGAAGUGCUAUUUAUUGCCAGUCCCUGGAGUGGAGGAGGAGGAGGUGCGCUUCAGGCCCGCUGGGGACUGCAAGAAGCUUGUGGCGUGGCACGGGCGUGGCAGAUGAGAGAGAGAUCUGUGUAACAGAUCUUCACGCAGCGGUGUCGGUGGCGCUGCGUGCGCGUGAGAUGGAUGUGGCGAAAACAGGAGGUCGAGAAAGAUGGCACGCGGAUGUGCGAUCGGGCCGUGCAGGCGGGAAGGAGUGGACGGCGGCUACGACGACCAUGGCGACGGCGGCUACGACGACCAUGGCGGCGGCGGCGGCUGCGACAACGACGACGCAGAGACCGCUGCCUUGAGACGACAACAACGUUCCCCCCGACCGUGUCCGCCGGACGAACCUCGCCGAGAUCGUAAAGGGUCGAGAGGUCGCGUGAUGUGGAAGUCGUGCGAAGGUUGAGAGGUCGCGUGAUGCGGAGGUCGUGCGAAGGUUGAGAGGUCGCGUGAUGCGGAGGUGAUGCAAAGGUCGAGAGGUCAUGUGAUGCGGAGGUCGUGCAAGGGUCGUGGGGUCACGUGACGCGGAGGUCGUGCGAGGGUCGUGGGGUCACGUGAUGCGGAGGUCGUGCGAAGGUCGAGAGGUCGUGCGAGGGUCGAGAGGUCACGUGAUGCGGAAGUCGUGCGAAGGUCGAGAAGUCACGUGAUGCAGAGGUCGUGCGAGGGUUGAGAGGUCACGUGAUGCGAAGGUCGAGAGGUCACGUGAUGCGGAGGUCGUGCGAGGGUCGAGAGGUCGCGUGAUGCGGAGGUCGUGCGAAGAUCGAGAGGUCACGUGAUGCGGAGGUUGAGAUGUCACAUGAUGCCGAGAUCGUAAAGGGUCGAGAGGUCAUGUGGUGCCGAAAUCGUAAAGGGUUGAGAUGUCACGUGAUGUGAGGUCAUGUGAGGGUUGAGAGGUCACGUGGCGCGGAGGUUACGCGAGGAUCAAGACGGAGGUCGCGUGAGGGUCAGGGUCACACCCUGCGUAGGUCGGCGAGUCGUGUGCGGCCGGGGUAGUUAUGCUGGCGCUUCGGGAGGUGUGGUCCUCCCUGCGGAGGGUGUGGGGCCGAAGUUGAUAAAGGUUAGUGAGCAAGGGCGCAGACGAUGUGAUACAACCUCUACCGUGCUGAACCCUGGUGGCUGCGUCGCGUAACUAGGUCAACUCUCGGGGAAAUUAUGUAGGCCUUCCCUCUGCCAGAGGGCGCUGCCGUUCCUGUGGCGCAGAAACGCUCUUGCUGUAGUAGCUGGCUCGGCUGCCUCCCUUUUAAUAUAAGCGCAGUCGGAAAACUCCGUUUGUGUGUAUCAGGCCCAAACGAUGCUGAGAGUAUCGCCGAGUAAUAUUGUUUUUAGUGGCAGCAACAUUUGUAAAAAUUGAUUUCUUUAAACCGGAAAAGCUCAGUCUCUUUUUUUGCACAGAAAUUGUGCUGAGUGCAGUGCCUCCACCUGGUGGUGGUAAAAGACAACUUUGUAGAUGGAUUUAUUAAUGCGAUGGAAAAAAUAAAACAAAAAAUUUACUAUAAAUUCAUGGUCUUUGAA